CCGAGAUGUUCAUGGUGUUCUCGCCGAAAUCGGCUUCAGCCAGCGGAUGGUUCGAUCGAAAAGCGCCACAUCCGCCGUGUGGCACACGUUCCGAAGAUGUCCUGCUAUGUCCUUACUUGUUUCCAUUUAAAGUCUGAUAGAUGCUGAUCAAAGGCCAUGGGGGGAGCUUUAGAUGCGUAGCAUGAUGUAGCAUGUAUCCUCGUUUCAAGAGGCUUUUCACCUGCGUUUUUGAGACUUUCCGUGAUUCAUUCUGCAUGCUUUUGGUCGUGGAGCCGGUCUUGCUCAAGAUGCUUUGUCUCCUUUUGCUGCUGUUGGGGGCAACAGCCAGCGAUGAGACACCAGAUCCUCCCGGCACCGGCUGCGAUGGGUUGGAUUUCUCGGUGAUGCGGGUGAGAAGCCAUGCCUAUUAUCAGAGCGGAGUCUUCGAAAUUGUCGACUCGGAACGGGUGUCACGCAUUUUGGAGAACCGAGAAGUCAUGAAAGAGAUUUGUCCUGUGGCCCUGCUGCAGGCCAUCUUGUUGAAGCUGGAAGAGAACUUGAUUUAUCAGCCGGAUGCCUUUCAAAGCCUUAUGUCACAAUAUGCCUUGUAUCUGCACGAGGCGAUUCGAAACGAGCUGGUCACCAGCGAUGAGAUGGCCAUGUGGCCAUUAGAUGAAGGAAUUCAGCGAGUGAGUCAUAUCAGCCAGGCUCUUAUGACUCGCAGGCCGCUGACCAGUGCCAUGGUGAUGAAUUACUGUCAGGUCGUGGAUCGUUUUGGAGCACAUCAUGAGUUGCAGUGGCUCUUGGAGCCUCCUUUUGGUGAGAAUGUGGGAGGUGAUACUGGCUUACUCACCCAGACGGACUUGUACAUCUAUCAAGUUGACUGGCCAUGGUGUCAGCCGUUGAGGGAAGAGGUGCUGAUGAAGCUUCGCAAGGCGGUCCGGAGCUUGCAGCUUCUGAAUUAUUCUGGGGGACCCAAACGUGAAGAACAAACGGCGUACUUCAAAUAUAUCACUGAGAACUGGGAGAAUCUACCAGACUUCACCAUUUUUGUGCACCCGGAUGCAGAUGAGCAUCAAGGCCCGGCCUUUCUAGCGCUCCAACGUGCUUUGAAGCUGAUCCACACGCAGUCUCAAUUCGCCUAUGAGUCUUUGGCAUAUUACCCCUUAGCACAGCAAAUGGUGGUGGAUCCAAUGCGCACGUGGGGCACCCACUUUUCCUCGAUCUGGCAGAAGUUUUGGCUGCGAGUCUUCGGGCGCCCGUGGGAAAGCCUGCGUUAUGAAGCACCCCGGUGCCGCUGGAGCAAAGCCCCCGGCUAUUUCUUGCAGGGGCAUGCUGGGGAUGGCCGUCGUGAAAGUUUGCCAGCCGCGAAGGCCACCUGUGCUCAGUUGGAGGACGAGUGUGGUGGUGUCACUUGUAUGACACCUUUGGACCCAGAAGAGGAGGAAGCCUUGACCAUGGGACGAAUCCGGCACUCCUGCACCGCUCGGCGUGGGGUGGAAGGGCUGCAGGAAUCUCCUGAAGGUGAAGUGAGUUAUCUCAAGUUUUGUGGACCUUUGGACCACGACUUCACGGAGAUUCCUGAGAUUCGUGACCUCCCCACAGCGGGGCUUAGCGCCACCUACCACGAGACGAAGGACGCGUUCCUGGCGGAGCAUCCGCCCGGCGAGGAGCAGAUCCGCGGACAGGCGGACACACGGCGACGCUGCGAUCUGGUGGAGGACUGCCAUGGCUUUACCUGUGCUGCGCCAGUGGUUGCAGAGCCGUCCACGACGAAGCAAGGCUAUGCGGAACUGAUGGCUUCACAGCGCUGCACGUUGCGAAGGGGCGAAGAACUCUUUGAGAGUCCCAGUGGAGAGGUGUCCUUCGUCAAGGUCUAUCCCGCGGCGCCCGCGGCCGGCGUGGCGCAUGGGAAGGCGGACGCCAGUCAUGUUUUCCAGUUCUAUACCGGCAGCCAGGCGAUCGUCCGCAAGGAUCGGCUGCAGUGGUGGCCCCUGCAGGAGCUCAGGAUCUUUGGCGCUGAUGGCGUUUGGUGUUCCAACACCACUGGACUCUUCGAGGCAGUCUGGCAUCGAAUGUUCGGCGAGCCUUUGUCUCAACAUCCAAGAGAACAUGAUCCCGAUGUGCCACUCUACCUGAAGUGGGGCAUCCCCACGUGGUACUCUUUCGGCGACGAGGAGACGAUCUGAUCCAUCCCGACGCCCGCGGUUCUCCGCGCCGGCACGCCCGCACGCCCGCCCUCAGAACGGCGCCUCGUUGCGCUCCUGUUGGGAGGCACACUCCUUCCAGUCGGGCGUCCUCUCGGUGGUCCAAGAACUCAGCUCCGGUGCUGGACGGCCAAAGGAGCCCAGGCUGAGCGAAGCAAAAGACGAGAUACAAGGACAACAGGGUAAGGCCAGGAGCCCCGUUCGUAGCGUCCUUUGCUGCUAGUAGCGAUGCCA